AGAUCUUUCGUCAUCACCGCGCGACUUGAGGAGAGCAACUUUCGAAAGUUUAACCAUCGAAAUUUGCUUUAUAUAAUUUAAUAAGACGGAUAGAAACAAAAUUAGGUGCUUUAAAUGCAGUUUCUAAAGAAAAGGAGGGACACCUGAGCCCAAAGGCGCCUCCUACCCGAUGAGAGGCCACUUCCGGGUUGUGUUUGUACGGGAGCAGCUCAUGAAGACUAGUUGGUCGUAAGUAGGGCGAUCAACAUGUCUCUGCUUCUGGACAACAGCUUCGGAGAACUGCCUCCGGACAACUCCGUCAACACCAAACUCUUCCUAGAGACAGUCUCGCACCUUCCGUCCUUCUUCGACUGUUUGGGCUCCAAAGUCUUUUCACCCAUCAAGUCAGACAUUAAUGGCAACAUCACGAAAAUUAAAGAAGUUUACAUGAAAGACCCGCAGCGGUACAUCACCCUGCAGCAGAUCCUGGAGGCCGAGCGGCAAGACCUUGGGGUCGAGUGGCCCAAAGCGGGAGCCACGCUGGCUCUCAUGUGGCUCAAGAGGGGUCUCCGUUUCAUCCAAGUUUUGCUACAGAGUUUGGUCGACGGUGAACAAGAUACGAACCAACCCAACCUCAUUCGCAUUAACAUCACCAAAGCCUACGAGCAGGCGCUCAAGCAAUACCACGGGUGGUUUGUGCAGAAAAUCUUCACUACGGCGCUGUAUGCGGCUCCCUACCGCUCCGACCUCCUCAAGGCACUGUCAAAAGGAGAGGAUGUGAAAGAGGAAGAAUGUCUCGAAAACCUGCGUCACUUCCUGGUCAACUUCACUGCCACUGUUGAUGCUAUCUAUGAGAUGUACGUGAGGCUCAAUGCAGAGAUGCACUACACAGUUUGAUGUCGGAGGACAGCGGGGCCUCAUUUAUCUGCCUUGCGUGUGUAAUUUUUACAAUAUUUGUUUUGUUUUGUUCCUUAUGACAGAAUUUGUGAAGCUUUACACUUUAGUGUUGCAUUUUAGUGUCUUUUUAAUGCAGCCCUCCUUAACAUUAUAACCGGUGCCUUAAUAUGAAUGGACCAAUGGACAGUGUUGUCAAAAAGUAUUUAAGAUGUAUUUAGACAGACAUGAUAACAAAAUUACAAUUUUCCCAAAAGUGA